GUGACGUGCAGUACAUGCUACGGUACGCCAUUUGUGACCAAGAGCAAAAAGCGCAGACACUGGAAAUACUUCCAUAUUUGCAGGAUCAGAAAAUUUGACACAGUUUGUCACUUCUGCUGACAUCUGCACAUGUAAAACAACAUGGACAGAAAGUUACGGUCUGACACAGAGGUUGCCCCGGGCAACAAGGGUCCUGAUGCAAAAACAAACACACAGGAAAUCGAAACUGCCGGUCCCCCGGCACCUAAGAGGUCAAGGCCUGAUGAGGUCACCGAUGGAAGUCACAGUGAAGUGGGUGCUGAGGGGGAGGAGUCAGACCGACCAGGUGGCGAUGCUGUCACCAAGGUGACAGGCGACGGCUGCACCUGCCCCAUCUGCGACUUUGUGGCCAAAACCCCAACAGCCCUGAAGAUCCACUCCAAGAGGAAGCACUCUCGCAGAGGGGGCGGCCGCCCUGGCGUCCAGACUGCCGCUAAAAAACCCGAACCACCUCCUGACCCAGCCCCGGAGGAUGGCCACCUCCACGAGGCCCAGUCCAACGAAGGUGGCCAGGGGAGAGGUCCAGAAUCAGGGUUAGACCUAUGGAGUGGCGCCGUGGAGGUGGAGCAGGCGGGUGAGACGGGGUCCUCCACAGGGGAGUUGACCACAACAGACAAACCUGCUCUUCCAGAGGACCAAGACAUGGAGACUGGAGGUUCAGAGACGGAGGACAGCGCUGUAACCAAAGACCAGCCAGCCCGGCAGCCCCAGAGCCCCACCCCUCCGAGGAGGCUCAGCAAGCGGGCCCCCAAGCCCAAGCACCCGCACAGCUGCUCCUACUGCGGCCACGAGUUCAAGGACAGGCCCAGUCUGGAGGUGCACAUCAAGAGACGCCACACCAAAGAGAAAGACUACUCCUGCCAGCUCUGCCGGUAUGCCUGCGCAGCCAAGUGUGACUAUGAGAAGCACUGCCUCAGUAACAAGCACAGGAAGAGAGUGGAGGAGAACUCCCCAGCCAAGGUUACCAGCCCCCCAGCGGGGCUCCCGGGGGACGAAGACAUCACCGAAGACGAGCAGGCUGAGGUCCAGAGCAGCAGCACCAAGACCACCUCCACCCUCACUCCCACACCCGCCUCUCCCCAGACCCAGACCCAGGCCCUGACACAGAUCCAAACUCAGACCCAGGCCCAGGCCCAAGUUCAGACCUUGACACAGGUACAGGCCCAGCCCCGGGGGUCCAAGCGCACCCUGGGCUCCAGGUUCCAGCUGCAGUGCAGCAGCUGUGAGUUCCGGGUCAGCAACGUCACCCUCCUGGAGAGCCACACCCGGCUGAAGCACCCUGCAGAGGACCGCCUCCACUGCCGGCUGUGCCGCUACUACUGCGCCACACCCGAGUGGAUGGACACUCACCUGGCCUCCGAGGGCCACCAGCGGCAGGUCCGGGAGAGGGACCCCGCCGCUGCCACUACCCCCCCCGAGGAAUGCGUGGCGAGGGUGAGCCGCGACAAGGCCGGGGAGGGCGCGCUGACGGACGACGUGGCGCUAGCGGAGGCCGGAGAGGAGGCGGGCGGCGGGGCGGCGCUGUCCGAGAUGGACGCGGAGGCCGAGGAGGCGGUGGAGGCGGCCAAGGCCGUCCUGGAGGAGGUGGAGGAGAACAUGGACGACAGCAAGCCCCCCAAGAGGAGGAGGGGCCGGCCCAAGCUGACCUCGUCGACCACGUGUAGCUACUGCGGCCUGGCCGUGUCCAACGCCACCAACCUGAGCGUGCACGUGCGGCGCAAACACAGCCACCAGUACAGCUUCGCCUGCCGACUCUGCAACUACAACUGCGUGACCAGGGGCGACAUGGACCGCCACCGCGUCACCAAAAAGCACACAAAGCGCGUGGCGGAGGCCGGCGGCGAGGACCAGACCUUGACCGUUGUGUCGGGGUGCCAGAGCACAGGAGAGGGAAAAGGAGACGAGGAAGGAGAGGUAGUAGGAGCCAGAGAAGGAGAGGGCAAAGGAGACAGCGAAGGAGAGGGAAAAGGAGACAGCGAAGGAGAGGGAAAAGGAGCCAGAGAAGGAGAGGCAGGAGGAGCCAGAGAAGGCGAGGGAGAGGUAGAAGGGGAGAAAGAGGGAGAGAGAGACGGAGAGGACAACGCCGUCCCAGGGAAGAAGAAGAGCAAAUAUGACGCGGUGAACUCGUGCCCUCACUGCGACUUUGUGGCUCACUCCAUCCCGUCCCUGGACCUGCACGUGAAGAGGAAGCACACGCGGGAGUUUGAGUUUGUGUGUCUGGCGUGCAGCUACUACGCCGUGACGUGCCGGGAGAUGUCCCGCCACGCCUCCACCGACAAGCACAAGCAGAAAAGCCAGAUGUACCUGGAGCAGGAGAAGAGCGCCAUGACCCAGGAGGAGCCCGGGGCGCUGGAAGACGAGGCGGCACCCGAGCCCGACCCCCACCCUGACGAGGUCACAUCUACCACCACUCUUGUCAAGGACUCUUCCCCCUCCUCCAACCAGCCCCAGCCUCAGCCCCAGCCUCAACCCGAGCCCCAGCCUCGACCCCAGCCCACAGAAACACCCAGUGAGCAUGUAUCCCCCAGCGCCUCCCGGCCAGGAACCCCGAGCGAGGAGAUGACCGACAGAAUGGCAGAAGAGGGCGAGACUGAGGUAGACGGGAUCAAUGUCGUGGUGGUCUGCGUGGGGUCUGAGGGCGGGACUUCUACGGAUGAUGUCACAGAGCCCAUCCAGCAGGAUGUGGAGCCUCCUGAGGGGAGCGGGGGAGCGUCUGUGGAGGAGGCAGCAGAGGCUCCAGUCAGCCAGCCUUCCCCAGACACAGGCCCCCACCAGCCCCAGGAGCAGAGCGGGCCAGAGGCUCCAGGCCAGGUCCAGGCUGAGCGAAAGGCCCAGGCCCAGGCCGCCUGCUCCGACGUAGACAUGGACGCCUCCGAAGACAAAGACGACGUCUUGUCGACGGACAAACAGCUGGUCAGGGCCGUCCCCUUCGACGCCUGCAUCGUCUCCAUCAAGUCCCUGUCGGAGAACCAACGUGCCCUGCACGAGCGCCUCGCCAGCGAGGGCGAGGCGGCCGGCGGCGGCCUGGCGGGGGCGGCCGCGGGGGGCCCUCCGAGGGGCCGCAGGUCCCGGCUCCUACCGGGCGGGGCCAACGGGGCAAGGAGGAGGGCCGUGACCCCCAACCCCCGCAUCCGCUGCGAGGACUGCGGCUUCCUGGCGGACGGGCUGAGCGGCCUCAACGUGCACAUCUCCAUGAAGCACCCGUCCCGGGAGAAGCGCUUCCACUGCCUGCUGUGCGGGAAGUCCUUCUACACCGAGAGCAACCUGCACCAGCACCUGACCAGCGGGGCUCACCUCCGCAACGAGCAGAACAGCAUCGAGGAGCUCCCUGAAGGGGGCGCUAGCUUCAAGUGCGUGAAGUGCACGGACCCCUUCGAGACGGAGCAGGAGCUGUUCCGGCACAUCAAGGAGAAGCACGAGGAGCUGCUGCGGGAGGUCAACAAGUACGUCCUGGAGGACACGGAGCAGAUCAACCGUGAGCGCGAGGAGAACCAGGGUAGCGUGUGCAAGCACUGCGGCAAGGUGUGCAAGAGCAGCAACUCCAUGGCCUUCCUCGCUCACGUCCGCACGCACACCGGGUCGAAGCCGUUCAAGUGCAAGAUCUGCAACUUUGCGACCGCUCAACUGGGCGACGCCCGAAACCACGUCAAGAGACACCUGGGCAUGAGAGAGUACAAGUGCCACAUCUGUGGGGAAAGCAAACAGCAAGGUGAAACACUAGACCUGUUCAUCGUUAGGGACCGGUGUGGCUGGAAGGGAGAAGGAAAGAACAAACCUCAGUGUAAUGUGUCAAAGCGGCACCUUCCUGCCAGUAGACCACCAGCCUGCCUGAGGACGCUACCUGAGGAAGACCACAGGGUGGAUCACGGCGAGGUAGCGCUCCAGACACAGGCAGCCCUGGAACAUCGGCCUCCUCAGAAAGGUAACGGCAGUGAGCGGGAUCAUGAAUUCAUCCGCGAGGCCCCUGAAGAAGUAGACGCCAGACAGAACAGCAGCUCGCCGAGGACCAGGCUGAACUCAAACACCUCCUUCCUGUCCGUCGGGAAGACGGCCGACGAGGUCAUCAGCCACAUGGCCCAGCCGUUUGCCGGGGAGGAGAGCAGGAAAUACACAGAGACGGAAGGGAUGAAGAAGCCUGUGUUGAGGCAGGGGGGGCAGCCGAAUGAAGAGAUGUUCCUGGCGGAGUCGAGGGGGACGUUCUCCAUGGGCGAGACUUUUCGACAACGAUGCAAAGUGGGUUUCCUACGAAGGACAGACGGAGCAAGGCGCUCCACAUGCCGGUCUCCGGCAUUAUUACGAAACUAUGCAGCAUAA